UACGGAAAGUGACAGAUAUCGCAGUCAGGAUGAGCACGAAAGUAGUGAUCUGGUCGACAAGAGAUAAAUAUAAACAUAUGCCUGUGUUAUUGUAUUUAAGACUGUUUGCGUCGCUUCCUUCAAAUGCACAUACAAUAUGGAAGUCUCGCCGACACAACUCCUUCUCGUAGGUUUAAUCCUAAUGCAAGGGGUAGUACACGCCCAGAGAACGACAAAUAUUACGGAUACAUGUAAGGCGCAUACUACAGCAUGUCUGGAGAAUUUAGAAACAUUGAAAGCCGAGUUAAGAGUUCAAGCAACUAUCAAUAACGAAUUAGAGGAACGCAUUAGAGCCUUGGAACAGGCAGGAGGGCUGCAGGUGUCAGAAUGCCAAAAUGACCGACCGCCGUGUCGAACAAGCUGUCCCACUGGCUGGGAAUACCAUAGCCAUGACGGCACAAGCAAGUCCUGCUAUCUCUUCAACACAACCAAGACUUCAUGGCACGUGGCAGCGGGGCAAUGCAUCCACUCUAGUAAUAACACAGCCACGCUUGUUAAGAUCGACUCAAUGAAUGAGAACUCAUACUUGAUAGCGAGACUACGGGAACAGUUCUGGAUUGGCUUGCAUUACGAUUCCACCAAGAGCCAGUGGCAGUGGUAUAAUGGAGAAACAUUGGGCUUUACAUUCUGGAGACAAGGUCAACCGGCAGCUGAACCUUCAAUUUAUCGGUGUGCGUUUGGCAAUUUCUAUGGUCAUUGGUAUCCAUUCCUUUGUACUACGAAAAAAUCUUUCAUCUGUGAGAUGCCACUGCAGGCUGAAUGUACAUAACUGAACUCAAAACAACAAAUAAAACAGGACUUUUAUAUAUGUCAAUAUUUGAAAGAAACAUUAUGAACAUUUAAGCAAAACAGACUGUAUUGAUUAGUAAGUUACAUUUUUAAGAACGGGAUAAGCUGUAACACCCCCAUAUUCGCUGUAACACCCCCAUAUUCAUUGUUUUGAAUAUAUGAUGUUAUGGCAUGUACAUCAAUGAAUGUCCAGCAUGAGGAUGCUUUUGUGUUCAUAACUUUAUUAUUUCUGGUCGUUGCAUGUAUCUUUCAAAAUGACCGCAGAUGUCAAUUUCGAUAUUCUUUAGAUUUAAAAACUAAUUGCUUUGCCAUUUCGACCGUAAAUCGACAUGUAGUAUGACAUCUGACAUGAAAACAGCACAAUCUGAUAGAGAGUUCCUAUAUCGUGUGUGGCGCCGCGAUCCAAUGAUAUAUUUUACCGCUU